AUGGAUUAUUUUAACAAGUGGCCGAAAUGUGCAGCUAUUCCGGACCAGACAGCCGAAACCGUAGCUCGAGCAUUGGUACAAGAAGUCUUCUGUCGAUUCGGCGAUCCAUUCGUCUUACACUCUGAUCAAGGACGCAACUUCGAGGCGGGGGUCUUCCAGGCCUGUAUGCGGCUGAUGACUGUUGGAAAGACACGUACCACGCCGCUGCAUCCACAGUCAGACGGCAUGGUGGAACGCUUCAAUCGCACGUUGCUAGAUUACUUGGCAAAGUUUGUAUCUACUAGCCAGCAUGAUUGGGAUGAGCUGCUGCCCAUGGCGUUAUUGGCCUACAGGUCAGCGGUUCAUGAAAGCUCCGGUUAUUCGCCCGCAAGGCUAACGUUUAGAAGAGAACUUAGGCUGCCCAACGAUUUACUAUUUGGAACACCAGCUCCUGUCCCAACGCACCCUCAGGAAUUCUGCCCCGGCGACGAAGUAUGGCUCUAUUCACCAAGCCGAAGAGUAGGCCGUUGCCCAAAGCUACAAUGCGAUUUGAUUGGGCCCGCUACAAUAGUACGUCGGAUUUCGGAUCUUGUCUACGAAAUUCGACCCCCUGGAAAAAGAGUUACCAGAACCGUGCAUGUGAACCGUUUGGCUGUUUACCGUCCCGAUCCACGCAACGACUUGGUACUCGGGCAGGAGCCUCGAGUAUAA